AUGCCCUCCUCAACCGCCAUGGACUCAUACGCUGCUCAAAUUGCUGCUCCCAUGACCGCACCGCAGCGUAAGCAACUGCUCAAGCAGCUUCAGUCGCCCGAAGCCAUCGACAGCCUCCGCCGUCCAGAAAUUCUCAUGGACUUCUUCACCGACAGUCUCGACACGAGGGACUUGGGCCUUGCAGUGCCGGCCCUCACUGGCCUCUUCCAUCUCAUUACCACGAAGAAUCUCGACUAUCCCUCCUUCUACCCUCGACUGUACGCACUUCUCGACAGAGACCUUCUACACAGCAAAUACCGCAGCCGGGUGCUGCGGCAUCUCGAUGUUUUUCUGUCGCCGACGAACCACCUGCCGGCAGCAACAAUUGCCAGUUUUAUCAAGCGCCUCUCACGCCUGUGCCUCUUCGCUCCUCCAUCCGCCAUCGUGGCCAUAAUCCCCUUCAUCUACAACCUUCUCAAACAGCACCCCACCACGACUUUCAUGAUCCACCGCAACCCGUAUCCUCCUUACACCAAGUUCAAACAUAACCUGGGGAACGACCCUUUCGACCCGAACGAACCCAAUCCACAACUCACCAACGCCAUCGAUUCCUCACUGUGGGAGCUGGAGACCUGUCAGUCGCAUUACCACCCUACCGUGGCGAGCAUUGCGCGGAUCAUUUCCGAGCAAUUCACGAAACAGCAAUACAAUCUCGAGGAUUUCCUUGAUCACGGAUAUGCCACUCUCCUUGAGAGUGAAUUCAAGAAGAAGGAGAAGAAGCCACCUGUGGUGGAGUACAAGAUCCCCAAGAAGAUUUUUGCUGCCACAGAGGACAGUGAAGAUGAUGCCACCGGGCAAGAGGAUGGUAUGGACGAACUGUUAGAUAUGUGGGAUUUUGAGUGA